UCCGCUACUUUAUGCUAACUUCUUGAAUCAGUCGAGUCAGUACCUUCGCCUUCACAAGACCGUUGUUCUGUUUUUAAAAUCGUGCUCUCUACUUUUUCAUUAUUAUUAUUAUUAUUAUUAAUGUUUUUUCUUUUUCUCGUUUCGCAUUUAUUCCACAAUCUAUAACACACCUUCACCUUUUCCUGACACCUUCCCUCAACUUUGACCCUAAUUUCGAUUUCUACUUCGACCUCGAUUUUCAUUCGCGACUUUUAUCCGGCACACGCAACAUCCUUGUUGGAAAUCCCAAGAGGUGCCAGGAAGUGCAACAACGUCAAUCACAUAAGCAGACGGUAGAAAUGGAGACCUGGUUGAGUGAAGUUCAACGAGUACGCAUCCCGCGACCGAAAUUCGGUAGCGGAAAUUCCGUUAGACGAUCUAAUUCAACGGUGCAGCACAUCAGGUCUGAGGUUCACGGAAGGCAAGUUCAAGACGUGACUAAAGCAACUGAGGAACUUCGCCAGGCCAUUCAGGACAAGCUCUGAUUCACGAGGAGUCGAGUUGGAUUGUUCUUUAUUUUACUCUGCGUACCUACGUCGCACGUCCUGACAAGCGAGGACACACGCCCCGUAGGUGUGUGACAAACUUGUCGGGACUUCCAUUCAAAAGAGGCACUAUAUGGCAUCGAGAAAACCUCGCCUGAAUCCUUGAUCGCAAAUGGUCCAUAAAUCUUGCAAGUUGAGCACACACACAUACAAACCAACAUAUAUAUAUAUGUAUAUUCAUCAGGAAAACAAAAGGAUAUCAUCAUGGUAAAAAAAAAAUCUGGUGCGGUGUCGUGAUUGUGAUCCAUUAGUCCCACUCGCUUCAACCAUGUACAACUUGUCUUUUUUCUUCAUUCAUUUCUCUCUCAAUCUCUUUUCCUCUAUUUUCCUUUAUCAGACUACCAAUUAAUUCAGAGUGAAUUCCGUCCUUUUGUCCCUCAAUUUUUUUUUUUCCCAUCGUGAGCAAAAAUCAGUCUUUCAGAAAAUUGGGUCAAUUUUUGUAUUUGAACAGAUUUCAUUAUUAGGAAUCGUAUUUUUUUCUAAAAAUUAUUUUUUUAAAUUAAAUUUUUUUCGGACUACGUAAAAGUGUUAUCAGGGAUCCGACCAUUGAAUAUUUUGUAAAUAAUCGUUAUCAUAGAUUAUAGUUUAUUUAGGGAUUUAUUUAUAUAUGUAUCAGGAGAAGAAACAAGUUGAAAUGUCUUUUUUUUUUUAAUUUUCAAUGUAAAUUUUUUUACAUUGUUGGUUUAAAAAAAUGUUUGCUAAUUUAUAACAACAACAAAAAAAUACAUAAUUUAAGGAAAGUUCUAUGUUGCAAUUAUAAAGUACGUCAUAAAGAAAGUUUAUUUAUCUAAAUUUUUUAAAACAACUUUGUUAAAGCCAACUCAAUUUCUUUUUUGAAAUACACCAUAAAAUGUUAUGAAACAAGUAUUGGACUUGUGAUUUUUUUUUCUUUUUUUAAAUUAAUAUCACUUUCUCUCGACUAUUCUGUUAUUGUCAACUUAUAUUACAGGAAACAUAAUUUUGAAAGUUAAAUUGAAAUUUUUAUUAUUUUUUUUCUCGACAUCUCUUUUUACUUUUACUAAACGAAUACUGAUUAAUUAAAUUACUAUAUUUUUAAAAAUGUCCAAUCUUUUUAUAUCAAGAAAAAUUUCCAUUUAAACAAUUUCUUAUAUAAAUCAUUUUAUUUGACAAUUAAGAACAAAAAUUUAUAAGAAAAUAAUAAAAAUAAAAAAUUUUUUAUAAAAUAAUAUAAUAAAAAAUAGCCAAAAAAAAGUUGUUUCUUAAAAUAAAGAUAUCAUUGAAAAAGAUUUAAUCAUAAACAAACCUUUUAAUGGAAAAUAAACUGUUUAAAGAAGAAUAAACAUUUUAAAGAAUAAAAAAAAGAAAAAAAAACGAAUGUCAAUAAAAUUUUACUCGUUAAAGUUCAAACGAAUAUUUUCAACUUGUUUUUUUUUCAUGUAAUUAUUAAAAGAACGCUGACAUUAAUUCAAUAAUCGAAAAGCAAAUGUUAAAUUUCACAUAUUUGUCUUCAGCUUUCAUAAAUCCGACUGAUUUGCAAUUUUUUUUUUUUUUUUUUUA